GCAGGUGCUCAGAGCCCCUCACAGCACCUUGCCUGGGUUCAUGAGGCCGCGGGGAUCCAGUGUGGCCUUGAACUGCCGCAUGACCUCCAUGCCCACGGCACCCACCUCCUCCUGCAGCAGCUGCCGUUUGCCCAGCCCAAUGCCAUGUUCCCCAGUACAGGUGCCAUGGAAUGCCAGUGCGUGCCUGAGAGGCAGCAGAAGGAAGUCUUCAGCAGGUGCCCCCCACUUCCCUCAGCUCUCCCCAGCCCCCUCCCUGCUUCACCCUUACCUGGCCAGCUGUUUUGAAAAGGCCAUGACCUUGAGGAGCUCCUCAGGGUCCUCCGGGUCUGCCAGCAGGAUGCAGUGGAAGUUGCCAUCGCCCACAUGCCCAACGAUGGUUCCUGGGGGCCCAGAGGACAGAGCUGCUUGCCCUCAGCCUGGCCCCUCCCCUGCCCUCCCUCCCCCACCCGCUCUGCGGGGGGCGGGCAGCACCUGUGAGUCCGGAGGCCUUCAGAUUCUCCUUGGUCUGCACCAGGAUCUCCGGCAGCCGGGAGAUGGGCACACACACGUCGGUGGAAUAGCCCUGAGUUGAGGCGGGCCUGUGAGCUCCCCCCCCAUCCCACCUGCUCGGAGGUAAGGGGUCAAGGCUACGAAUGGGUUCAGGGGGCUGGCUUUAAGCCUCCAGCAACAAGAUGACUGGCCGGAGUGUGUUCCCCCUGUCGGUAGGUGCUCCCAAGUCUCUCGUCCUACUCCCCAUCCCCAGCUAUGUUCGGGUCCCAAAGCACCUGCUACCUGGAGCCUAGCCUCCCCUUCCGGCUGGCUAGCAGUUUCCGCUUCCUCCUGAAAGCCUGCCCUCUCUCUGGCUCGAGGCCGGGGCUCCCCGCUGAGGGUUUGGCAGUUUUGUCAGCCGUGCCCUCAGCCUGCUUCUCUGGACAACAGGCUAGAGGGCGGAGGAAAGGCUCCCACGUCCACCCCAGCCCGCUCACCUUGCAGCCGGGCCGCAGGGCUAGGGCUGCGUACCAGGCGUUGUGCCGCGCCGCCCAGAGCCGGCUGCGCUCCUCGGCCUCCUUGGCCCAGGAGAAAUGGGAGCCUCCAUUGUGCCGGGUGAUCUCUUCUGUGGAAGGUCGAGGGUUGACACUGGCCCCGCUCCGGGGCAGCCCGUGCCCCCCUCCCGCAGCACCCCAGUGCACCUGUGCGCUGCACCUGCUCUGCCAGCGCCUGCUCCGAGCCAUGGAACUCGAGGAAGAGUGUGGGCGCCACGCAGCGGUUCAGCUUGCUGUGCCUGUUGCAUGCGUCAAUCAUGGCGUCAUCCAGGAACUCUGGGACCAAGAAGUCCGAUGAGGACACAGCCCCGAGAAUCCCAGCUCAUGGCCGACCUCUCAGCAGCCAGACCAGAGCCCCAAGACAGCAGCCAGAGACCACCCACCUGACAGAGCAAUGGAAAGGAUGGCCUUUGGAAGGUACAGCUAACAUGCACGCCCAGACAGGCAUCAACGCAACGGGAGGCCCAGGGAUAAAGGUUCUUCCUUCAUAGUUCUCUGCCCAAAAGCUGCAGAAAAUGAGCAAAUCCGAGAAUGAAUAGCAAUAUGCCAUUUCAGGGAUCAGUUUCAUUCACGGAUGUGACUGUGGACUUCACCCAGGAGGAAUGGGAGCAACUGGACCCCUCUCAGAGGAUCCUCUACAUGGAUGUGAUGCUGGAGAAUUAUAGCAACUUACUUUCAGUGGGUAUGGAAGGCUGAUGACCAGAUGGAGAAGGACCACAGAAACCCAGAUGAGCAGGCAAGGCCUUUUAUAAUCUUUAAGAAUCAAACCCCAAUUGAAGAAAGAGAUCAUCAUCUCUUUGGCAAAACGUUUAAUCUUAGUACAGACUUUGUUUCUUUAAGACAAGUACCGUAUAAAUACGACUUAUAUGAAAAAACUUUGAGAUACAAUUCAGACUUACUUAAUAGCAAUAGAAGCUAUCUACGAAAGAAAGCUGACGACUGUAAUGGAUUUGGCAAAGCCCUUCUCUAUGUGAAGCAGGAGAAACCCCAUACUGGAGUGGACUACCCUGAAUAUAGUAAAAGUGGAAAAGCCUUCAGCCAUAAAGAAGCCAUUUUUAAACACCAGAAAAUUAGAAAUUUGGUACAACCUUUUAUCUGUAAUUAUUGUGACAAGGCUUUCUCAUUUAAAUCACUCCUCAUUAGUCAUAAGAGAAUACAUACUGGAGAAAAACCUUACGAAUGUAAUGUGUGCAAGAAAACCUUCUCCCAUAAGGCGAACCUCAUUAAGCAUCAGAGAAUUCAUACUGGGGAGAAACCCUUUGAAUGUCUUGAAUGUGGAAAAGCUUUCACCCACCAGUCAAACCUCAUUGUACACCAGAGAGCACAUAUGGAAAAGAAGCCCUAUGAAUGCAGUGAGUGUGGCAAGACAUUUGCCCAGAAGUUUGAACUUACUACACACCAGAGAAUUCAUACUGGAGAACGACCCUAUGAGUGUAACGAAUGUGCAAAAACGUUCUUUAAGAAAUCAAACCUCAUUAUACACCAGAAAAUUCACACAGGGGAGAAACGCUAUGAGUGCAGUGAAUGUGGAAAAUCCUUUAUCCAGAACUCACAGCUCAUUAUACACAUGAGAACUCAUACAGGAGAGAAACCCUAUGAAUGUACUGAAUGCGGCAAAACCUUCAGCCAGAGGUCAACCCUGAGAUUACAUUUGCGAAUCCAUACAGGCGAGAAACCGUAUGAGUGUUCUGAAUGUGGGAAAGCCUUCAGCAGGAAGUCUCGACUCAGUGUCCAUCAGAGAGUUCAUACGGGGGAUAAACCCUGAGACUGCAGCCAGCUUGUACUGGGGAGAGCCCGUGUGGAGGUGCUGUAGUAACGUGGGCGCUCAUACAGAGAUACAAUCUAUCAGCUCAGAAAUGUGCAAAAAUGGAGUCUUCUGAGAGCAAUGUUGUACUGCAAGUUAGAUGAGAAACCCAGCUAAAUAAUACAUAUCAGCAUAUCUCCAGCUGUAAAUAGACAAACUUACCUGUAUUACAGUGAGCUUUUAAAAAUCGGGAAUGAAUUCUCCCAUCAUGACGUAUUCCGGGCAGCAGUGUACGGAAUCUAGAGACAGGACACUAGGAAGUCGGUGGUUAUGUGCGGGAGCAUGCCACCACACACACUGCAGUCUGCACGUGUAAAUUUAACUCCGGCACCGGGAGUUUGAAAUUCUUGUCCUGAUAGUCAGGACGCAUCAAGAUUUUCCAUACUGAACAUCACAUGUGUUUCAUUAUCUUCACAACCCAGGAUGCAUUCCAAAUGAAGUAUCUAACAGGUUUUAGUAGCAUAUAGCCUCUGUGUUCUCUCCUCCUGCUUGCUGGCAUGUAGAAGUUGGUAUGACCAUGGUUAACUGAGCUACCUCCUCAGUCAACAGAAGAUCGUACUGGUGAAGUUGGAACCUUCCAGGUUUGCCGAAGAUUUCUUACAAGUCUCACUGACAUAAAUAUGCAAGUGUGAGGUGAUUAAGAGAGAUUGGAGAGGGUGGAAGGAGGCAGAGGUGGCUUCUGUCACUCAGUGUGCACCACAGAAUAAACGGGCUGUGUAAAGAAUAGCCAUA